UAACUUCUGCUAUAAAGCAAUUUGUGAUCUUCUGCCGUUGAUGAUUGACAGACAACUAUUGACCGGGCUCCUGAAGAGGUGUGCGAAGAACUGUUUGCUUGAUCAGGGGAAGCAAGUACAUGGGUUAGUAGAGAUGUUAGGAUUUGGGCGUGAUAUGGUGGUAAACAAUGAUCUCAUACAUAUGUACGCGAAAUGCCGCAGGAUGAACCUUGCUUGUUCUGUGUUCGAUCAAAUGCCAGAGAGAAAUGUGGUCUCUUGGACGGCUCUGAUGUGCGGCUAUUUACAACAUGGUGAUGCGAAAACCUCAUUAUCCUUAUUUUCUAAAAUGGGUCAUGCAGCUGUUAAGCCUAAUGAGUUCACACUGUCCACCAAUCUAAAAGCUGCGGGGAUUAUGGGUAUCGCUGAGAAUGGCAGGCAGAUUCAUGGGGUUUGUGCAAAAUCUGGUUUUGAAUGGCUGCCUGUUGUGGCCAAUUCUAUUGUUGAUAUGUACUCAAAAUGUGAUAGGAUUAGUGAGGCAGCAAGAAUGUUUAACGUUAUGCCAGUCAAAAAUCUCAUAACCUGGAAUGCAAUGAUUGCUGGAUACACCCUCAAAAGACAUGGUGCAGAGGCUUUAAAUCUGUUUCGGAAAAUGCAAGAGAGAGGUGACAUUCCAGAUGAAUAUACAUAUUCAAGUAUAUUGAAGGCAUGUAGUUGUCUUGGUGCAGUAAGAGAAGGCACCCAAGUACAUGCUUCGUUAAUCACGCAAGGAUUCCCAUAUUUGGUUCAAUCAACUGUUUCAGGGGCUCUCGUUGAUCUGUAUGUCAAAUGCAGGUGCAUAGUUGAGGCUAGGAGGGUGUUCGAUCGAAUUGAACCAAAGAAUGUGAUAUCUUGGAGCUCACUUAUGCUUGGAUAUGCACAGGAAGACAAUUUGCCACAAGCCAUGGACUUCUUUCAGCAGCUGAGGGAAAGGAAACAUCAAGUGGAUGGGUUUGUGCUUUCAAGCCUCGUAGGUGUAUUUGCCGAUUUCGCCCUUGUUGAGCUGGGAAAGCAAAUGCAUGCUUAUACCUUUAAACUCCCAUUUGGUUUAGAAAUAUCAGUGUCAAAUUCAAUUUUGGAUAUGUACAUGAAAUGUGGGUUAACAGAUGAGGCGGACGCACUUUUCAGAGAGAUGCCAGCAAGAAAUGUAGUUUCCUGGACAGUUAUGAUCACUGGCUACGGAAAACAUGGUAUUGGGAAAAAAGCAAUUGAUCUUUUCAAUAAAAUGCAAGUAGAAGGGAUCGUACCAGACAAUGUGACUUACUUGGCUGUACUCUCAGCUUGUAGCCACUCUGGACUUAUUGAAGAAGGUCAAGAAUCCUUCUCUAGUUUCUGUAGGAAUCAGCAAAGAAAGCCACAAGUGGAGCAUUACGCUUGCAUGGUCGAUAUGCUUGGAAGGGCUGGACGUAUAAAGGAAGCAAAGGAUCUUAUAGAGAAAAUGCCACUGAAGCCAAAUGUGGGUAUAUGGCAGACACUACUCAGUGCUUGUAGAAUUCACGGGGACGUCGAGAUGGGGAAAGAAGUAGGAGAGAUAAUCUUUAGAUUAGAUAGAAACAAUCCAGUCAACUAUGUGAUGAUGUCAAACAUCUAUGCUAAUGCAGGGUAUUGGAAAGAGUGUGAGAGAAUAAGAUAUAUGGUAAAGAGAAAAGGAUUGAAGAAAGAGGCAGGACGUAGCUGGGUAGAAAUAGACAAGAAAGUUCACUUUUUCUACAAUGGAGACGAAACCCAUCCACUUACAGAGAAAAUCCAGGAGGUGUUGAAAGAAAUGGAGAAGAGGAUGAAAGAAGAAAUUGGUUAUGUUCAUAACAUGAAUUUUGCAUUGCAUGAUGUUGAAGAGGAGUCGAAGGUGGAGAGCUUAAGGUUUCAUAGCGAAAAGUUGGCGAUUGGCUUGGCUCUGGUAAGUGGUGGGUUCAAAGAUGGGAAAAGGAUUAUUCGCAUUUUCAAAAACUUGAGAGUUUGUGGUGACUGCCAUACGUUUAUCAAGGGUUUGUCAAAGCUUCUGAAGAUUGUGCUCGUCGUGAGAGACGCAAACAGAUUCCACAGAUUUGAGAAUGGCUUGUGUUCUUGUGGAGAUUACUGGUGAUGCCAAUUUAUUGACUCCGUCAACAUAGAUGGGUCUGAUUUCUCAAAAGGACAUCGAAGUCCAGCUAUUUGGUACCCCUUGUUCAACUUCCAACUCUCUCCAAUGAUUUUUUAACGAGUUUUAAC